UACAUCGAGGCCAUCAGCAGCAAGCAGGGCGAGCUGGAGAACUACGUCUCAGACGGCUACAAGACAGCUCUGACAGAGGAGAGGAGGCGCUUCUGCUUCCUGGUGGAGAAACAGUGCGCGGUGGCCAAGAGCGCCAUCACCUACCACGCCAAGGGGAAGGAGAUGCUGACGCAGAAGCUGCCGCUGUGGCAGCAAUCGUGCGCGGAUCCCAACAAGAUCCCGGACCGCGCCAUACAGCUGAUGCAGCAGAUGGCUGCCAGCAGCAAUGGCACCAUCAUGCCCAGCCCUCUGUCCACCUCCAAAUCCAACCUCAUCAUCUCUGACCCCAUCCCCGGUGCCAAACCUCUCCCUGUCCCCCCGGAGCUGGCACCUUUUGUAGGACGCAUGUCGGCACAGGAGGCCAUGCCAGUGAUGAACGGAGUCUCGGGGCCGGAGGGCGAUGGGUACAACCACUGGUCUGAGAUGAAGCCAGCACAGCCCAAAUCUUUAUCUCCUCCCCAGCCUCAGAAGCAGCUGAGCGACUCUUACUCCAAUACGCUCCCAGUUCGCAAAAACGUGCCACCGAAAAACAGCUACGCAUCAGCCGAAAACAAGACACUGCCGCGCUCCAGCUCCAUGGCCGCAGGGCUCGAGAGGAACGGCAGGACGAGGGUGCAGGCCAUUUUCUCUCACGCUGCUGGCGACAACAGCACCCUCCUGAGCUUCAAGGAGGGAGACCUGAUCACGCUGCUGGUGCCGGAGGCCAGGGACGGCUGGCACUACGGGGAGAGCGAGAAGACAAAGAUGAGGGGCUGGUUUCCUUUCUCCUACACGCGCGUCCUCGACAGCGACGGCAGCGAGCGGGUCCACACCAG